AUGGCAUAUGCCUUUUCUUCAAGGGUUUAUGCCAGCCUUAGUGCCCCCAUCAAACUGGUUAUAAAGCUUGUUCAGGGAAAUCUGCAAAAACCAGAAGCAACAAGUCCCAUAUCAAAGUUCAAGCUGACAAAGCUUUUCAGUCACCUAUAUAUCUGUCUUAGUGGAAGUCUGGCUUCAGACACAAAGGCAUACUUGGGAAGGAGCUCCAAGAAUGAGAUAAUCUUAUCAGCAGGUGCACUAGGAAUCCCACAGCUACUGACGCUAAGUGGUUUUGGACCUGCCAACCAUCUUCAAGCUCAUAGCAUCUCAGUGGUGGUGGAUCAGCCGAUAGUUGGUCAAGGGAUGGCUGAUGAUCCAACAGUCAUGACAUCGUGUCAGUCGCGACCAUAUGGCAUUACUAUGGAGGCUUCCAAGUUCCAAGUCGGCAAGGUUGUCGACAACGAUUACAAGUUCCUCGCCAGGUUAUUGUGUACAGAUAUUGAAAAUACAUAG